AUGGCAGGAUCAAAUUGGUUUAAUUACUUCAUGAAGCGGCAUCCAAACUUAUCUGUUCGUACACCUAAGGCAACCAACCUAGCUAAGGCAAGCAGAUUCAAUCGAAUAAAUGUGAGGAAAUUCUUUGAGCUUCUUAAAAUAGUUUUUAACAGAUUUAAGUUAACAGCUCAUGAUGUGUGGAAUAUGAACGAAACGGGAGUGACGACCGUUCAGAAACCGGAUCGAGUGGUAGCACGAAGAGGUUUUAAACAAAUCGGAAGGGUCAUCUCAGCUAAAAGAGGAUCACUUGGAACUGUAGCAACAUGUGUAUCAGCGGGAGGUUGCAGUAUUCCCCCUUUCUUCAUAUUUCCUCGGGUCAACUAUAAGCCUCAAUUUGUGACAUCUGCUCCAUGUGGCUCUAAUGGUGAUGACAACAAGUCAGGAUAA